AUCCAGAGUAGCAAUACCCCCAACACUCUCCACACCCUCCAUAUAACCAUGACAAGGUGUUCAAGUCAUGCCAUCCAUGGCUUGAAUGACUUCUUGAAAGCCUGUGGCCCAACACUCAAAUAUUUAUCCUUGACAACUGCUAGUGUAACAUGGAUAGACUCCACAGGUGAGCAACCCAAGAAUUAUGCUCUUGAUUUGCAGCACAACUACAAGCUGAGCCAUCUAAGAUUGGACCUGUAUAGAGUCUUCCAAGAGGAGACUUUAUCAUGGUACUUGGAUACACUUGCAACCAUCAGGACUGGUAAUCUUGUGGUAGAGUUGGAUCAAGUGGAAGCAGGGCUGGAUUACACCAAUACUUUGGAGCCUGCACUUCUCAACAUGGAUGUCACCAAACUCACAAUCAGAGCAACUCUUUCUGGAUUUACCAAGGGGCCAUCCCAACCAAAGAUAUGGGAGAUGUUUCCUCAGCUUCAUAAACUUGGUGUUUUGGAGGGAUGUCUUACGCAUGUCUUGAAGGCUACAGGGUAGUCGGUGGGGAGGGGGGAAAACAAGUUACUGGCGGCAUACCUUCUUGAGACCGAUUAAAUGCAAACACCUGGGUCUGUUUGAAGAUCACGCGGUCUAGAGACAGCGGUCGGG